AUGCGCUCGCUGAUCGUUCUCGUGGCCCUGGUGGCGUCAGUGGUCGCCUUCACCCAACUUCCUUCCACCUACUCAACGAAGCAGAAGAAGGACACCUGCAAGGACUACUGCAUGGGAAAGUUCAUCGCCGAUCAGACGAACUUCGACUUCCUGGGCUCCGGAUGGGAAAUCUGUGUUUGCCCGGUCGCGCAAGAGAGUGGCAGUUGGUAUAUGUCGAGCUGCUAUAAUAACUGCUUCAACCGCUGUCUGAGCACCAACGGGUUGUGCUCCUGGAACCAAGCGUUGAACACCGACUACAAGGGAAGAUGCUGCAUCAACUCGCAGGGCAACGCGAUGCUGCGCAACUACUGCUUCAACAACAUGACCGGCCUCUGCUGGCAGACC